CGUGAGUGCAUUUUUGUAUGUGUGUGUGUGUGUGUGUUCACGUAUACGCGCGCGGCAGUGGCUCACCUAGCAGCAGCAGUCUGCAUGUGGGCUCGAGCCGGAGCUGAAGCAUCCGGGCCGAACUGCGCAGAGAUGCGGUGCACGUAAACGCGACAUGAGGACACACCGCCUCACCUCCCCACGCUGAUGUCAUGGUUUAAAAACACCGUUAAGAUAUAUUCUGUUUGUUUUGCAAUGGCGACGCUGAAGUCGAAGUGAACAGCUCCGUUGCUCGGUCCGCUCGCCUGCCCGGGAGUGCACAGUUUUUUUUCUCACUCUUUUGCCAGGGCAAGGAGCCAAGACAGAUAAAUCCGUUUUUUUUUGUUCUUUUUCAAUCGAGUAUCGUAUAAGGAAUCAUGACUUCGGGGCAGGACGAUAGUUCAGUCCGUGUGGCACUGAGGAUCCGCCCUCAGCUGGCCAGGGAGAAGAUAGAAGGAUGUCACAUCUGUACGUAUGUGAUGCCCGGGGAGCCUCAGGUGAUCCUGGGGAAAGACAAGUCCUUCACCUACGACUACAUGUUUGACAUGGACUCCCAGCAGGACACCAUCUACGCCGCCUGCACGGAGAAGCUGAUUGAGGGCUGUUUUGAGGGCUACAACGCCACCGUCUUUGCAUACGGACAGACGGGUUCAGGGAAGACCUACACCAUGGGGACGGGCUUUGAUGUCAACAUCGAAGAAGAGGAGCUGGGUAUCAUCCCCCGCGCCGUCCACCACCUCUUCAAGGGCAUCGAGCAGCGCAGACAGGCCGCUCAGGAACAGGGAUGCCCCGUACCUGAGUUUAAGAUCAACGCCCAAUUCCUCGAGCUUUAUAAUGAGGAAGUUCUGGAUCUGUUUGAAUCCACACGAGACACAAAGCAGAAAUCUCACAUCAAGAUCCACGAAGACGCCACAGGGGGAAUCUACACAGUAGGAGUGACCACACGGAACGUGUCCUCCGAGGCUGAGAUGAUGCAGUGCCUGAAGCUCGGGGCUCUGUCUCGCACCACGGCCAGCACUCAGAUGAAUGUCCAGAGCUCUCGAUCCCACGCCAUCUUCACCAUCCACCUGUGCCAAGUUCGAGUCUGUGCCUCCGACAAUCAAGAAAGUGAGACUGAUAACAGAGUCUCCAACGGAAACUCUGAGAUGGACGAGUACGAGACACUGACAGCCAAGUUUCACUUUGUGGAUCUGGCCGGUUCUGAGAGGCUGAAGAGAACCGGAGCAACGGGCGAUCGAGCCAAAGAGGGCAUCUCCAUCAACUGUGGACUGCUCGCUCUGGGGAAUGUAAUCAGUGCUUUGGGCGACCGGAGCAAGCGGUCCUCACAUGUGCCUUACAGAGACUCCAAACUCACCCGACUUCUACAGGAUUCAUUAGGAGGAAACAGCCAAACAGUGAUGAUCGCCUGCAUCAGCCCGUCUGACCGGGACUUCAUGGAGACGCUGAACACGUUAAAGUACGCCAACCGAGCCCGGAACAUCAAGAACAAGGUGAUGGUGAACCAGGACAAGGCCAGCCAGCAGAUCAGCGCUCUGAGAACGGAGAUCGCUCGACUGCAGAUAGAGUUGAUGGAGUACAAGACGGGUAAACGCUUGACGGGUGAGGACGGCGUGGAGAGCUUCAGCGACAUGUUCCACGAGAACUCCAUGCUGCAGACGGAGAACAGCAACCUGAGGGUGAGAGUGAAAGCCAUGCAGGAGACCAUCGAUGCCCAGAGGGCUCGCCUCACCCAGCUGAUCAGUGACCAGGCCAACCAGGUCCUUGCCAGGGCAGGUGAAGGUGGAACUGAAGAAAUUGGAAACAUGAUUCAGGGUUACAUCAAAGAGAUUGAAGACUUCAGAGCCAAACUCCUGGAGAGCGAAGCUGUGAACGAGCAUUUGAGAAAGAAUCUGACCCGUGCCUCCAAUCGUCAGUCGUUGUACGGAGGGCCCGCGCUGCUGGCCCCUGAGAAGGAGACUUCUGACAUCAUCGAACUCGCCAAGAAAGACCUAGAGAAACUGAAGAAACGAGAAAAAAAGAAAAAGAAAAGACUCCAGCUGCUGUUGGAGGAGAGAGAGAGGGAGGAAAGGGAGGAGGUGGUGGAAGAGGUUGAUGACGCCAGUGCCAACAAGGAGGAAGUUCCUGACAACGAGCAAGAAAAGGGCACAGAGAAGGAAAUGACGGAGCGAGUCCACGAGGAAGCAGAAAUUGAGGUCCAGGAAGGCAGCGACCACGAGGAAGGGGAAGAGGAAGAGGAUGAGGAGGAAGAGGAGAUGGAUGUGGAGGAUAGCUCAGAUGAUUCUGACUCUGAGUCAGAUGAAAAAGAGAACUUCCAGGCCGAUCUGGCCAACAUCACCUGCGAGAUCGCCAUCAAGCAGAAGCUGAUCGACGAGCUGGAGAACAGCCAGCGGCGUCUGCACACGCUCAAACAGCAGUAUGAACAGAAGCUGAUGAUGCUGCAGUGCAAGAUCAGGGACACCCAGCUGGAGAGGGACCGCGUCCUCCAAAACAUGAAUACAGUAGAAACUGGCACAGACGACAAGUCUCGCAAGAUCAAGGCUGAAUAUGAGAAGAAGCUGAGCGUCAUGAACAAAGAGCUUCAGAAGCUCCAGUCGGCUCAGAAGGAGCAUGCCCGUCUGCUGAAGAACCAAUCGCAGUACGAGAAACAGCUGAAGAAGCUUCAGAUGGACGUGGCGGAAAUGAAGAAGACGAAGGUCCGUCUCAUGAAGCAGAUGAAGGAGCAGCAGGAGAAGAACAGGAUGAACGAGUCUCGCAGAAACCGAGAAAUUGCUUCGUUAAAGAAAGACCAGCGCAAGCAAGAGCACCAGCUAAAGUUACUGGAGGCUCAGAAAAGGCAGCAGGAACUUAUUCUGAGGAGAAAGACGGAGGAGGUGACGGCUCUGCGGAGGCAGGCCAGGCCCACCUCAGGUAAAGUCAUCAGGAGAGUCAAUGUCCCAGAAUCAGUGCAGGACUCCACCCACAGACCUCCAUCUGGACGCUUGUACUCCUCUGGCAACGCUGCUCCCAACGGCACUCGGUAUACCUACAGGCGCACAGUCGGUAUUUACUCCACCAGAAUCGCACGUAAUAAAUGGCAGUCUCUGGAGCGGCGGAUCACUGACGUCAUCAUGCAAAGGAUGACCAUCUCCAACAUGGAGGCCGACAUGAACCGCCUCCUCAAGCAACGAGAGGAGCUGACCAAGCGUAAAGAGAAGGUCAUCCGGAAGAGAGAGCGGCUGGACAGGGAGGGCCCAGAGGCCGAGAAGGCAGCGCUUCCCCUUAACGAGGAAGUGGAUGCGUUGACGGCCAACAUUGACUACAUCAAUGACAGCAUCGCAGACUGUCAGGCCAACAUCAUGCAGAUGGAGGAAACCAAGGAGGAAGGCGACACAGUGGACAUUUCUGCUGUGAUUGGUUCCUGUACCUUGACAGAAGCUCGUUUUCUGUUGGAUCACUUUAUGUCCAUGGCUAUCAACAAGGGUCUCCAGGCAGCCCAGAGGGAGUCUCAGGUGAAGGUGAUGGAGGGCCGGCUGAAGCAGACGGAGAUCACCAGCGCCACACAGAACCAGCUGCUCUUUCACAUGCUGAAGGAGAAGGCCGAGUUCAACCCCGAGCUGGAUGCCUUGCUGGGGAAUGCCCUGCAAGAACUAGGUAACGUCCCGGCUGAAAAUGGGGAUGAUAGCAGCAGUGAUGAGUCAGCCCAGAGCCCUUCUGCAGAGGGAAACACCUUGACGUCAGAUCUCAUGAAAAUUUGCGGAGAAACCAAAACAAGAAAUAAGGCUCGUAGGAGGACCACCACUCAGAUGGAGUUGCUGUACGCAAACAGUGACUCCGCCCCUGACGCAACCACCGCAGACUUCUCCAGUCCGAUGCUGCCGUUAGCUGAAACACCGGAUGUGGGAGGAGACAUGGAGUCGUCGGGCUCAUCAGUCAGGGACUACACAGCUCUCUCUCCCGGCUUUUCCUCUAAAAUGGGCAGCAUUUCUGGAUCCAGAACUUCGUCCGGGAUGGAAAAGCCAUCGCCAGAGCCUUCCCCAUUUUCUCGCAGGAAGACGUAUAACAAGUCACAAGCAGCGGCUGACAGGGCAAAGGUCAAGGAGAUUAAACAGACGAAUCGAUGCCUCCACGUGUCCUGCAACCACAUCCUGCGUUCUGUUUCCCCUCCUCUCACCAAUCCACCCAAGGGCAUCAUUAACCCGGUGCCACCCACUAAAAGCAGUCGGUCUGCGACGUUGCAGUGCGUCCACGUGGCAGAGGGACACAGCAAAGCUGUUCUCUGUGUCGACUGCACCGAUGACCUUCUCUUCACCGGAUCCAAAGACCGGACCUGUAAGGUGUGGAAUCUGGUGACGGGUCAGGAGAUAAUGUCCCUGGCUGGUCAUCCCAACAACGUGGUGUCAGUCCGCUACAGCUCCAGUUUGGUCUUCACUGUCUCCACCUCCUACAUCAAAGUCUGGGACAUCCGGGACUCGGCCAAGUGCAUCCGGAUACUAACGUCCUCUGGUCAGGUUACUGUUGGGGAUGUCUGUGCGUCUAACACCAGCCGGACGGUCACCAUCCCAGCAGGAGAGAACCAGAUCAACCAGAUCGCUCUCAACCCCAACGGGACGGUUCUGUACGCCGCCGCCGGAAACUCAGUCAGAGUCUGGGAUCUUCGAAGGUUUGCAUCCACAGGGAAACUUACCGGUCACCUCGGUCCGGUGAUGUGUCUGACUGUGGAUCAGUCUGGAAACAACCAAGACCUGGUGAUCACCGGGUCCAAGGACCACUACAUCAAGCUGUUUGAUGUGACUGAAGGCUCGUUGGGGAGCAUCGGCCCCACACACAACUUUGAACCUCCCCAUUAUGAUGGCAUCGAGUCACUGGUGGUCCAGGGGGACAUUUUCUUUAGUGGCUCUCGAGACAACGGCAUCAAGAAGUGGGACCUGGACCGCAAAGACCUGCUGCAGCAAGUCCCAAACGCCCACCGUGACUGGGUUUGUGCGCUGGGUGUUGUCCCUGGGUCCCCGGCCCUGCUGAGCGGCUGCAGAGGUGGGGUGCUCAAGCUGUGGCAUACGGACACACUGGGGACUCUGGGGGAGCUGAAGGGCCACGAGAGCCCCAUCAACGGCAUCUCUACCAACAGCAGCCACCUGUUCACUGCCUCUGAUGACCGGACUGUGAAGAUCUGGCGUGCACGUGGUGGUCUGGACAGCACUUUAGAGGCGGUUGACAAUGCAGACGAGGUGGCCAGUAACUGAACACCCUGGAAGGACACUAAGAGCAUCUUUUUAUGCUGCUGCCCUGCACUUUGACCCUUAACUUCUCAAGCCCAGUGCUGACUCCUAAAACACAUACUCUCCACGCCAUGUAACGUUUAUGUCUGAGCCAACAGGAAAGUAAUCUCAUCUCAACAGAAACUAGCACAGUCAUUCUAUUCUUAGACUCUGUGUGCUCAGAAAGUCGUAAUUGGUCUUAGUUCACCGUAUCGUUAAUGAUUCUUUGCAGAAUAAACUCAUAUUUUUCUCUUUUGCGCUGUAGACGUUACGUCACCGUGGAUCAUGAUAAGAACCUGUACAUCACAAGAUGUUUAUUUAAGAGUUGAACAUGUCACACACACAGAAAAUAUUUCUGCUGCUCAGCUCUGUGCCAGGAUAAAGUACACCUGCGGGCACAUAAUUACCCAGGAAAAGGGUAGCAGUGUUAGAUUAGGAAAAAAAUAGACAGGACGAGGAGUUGGAGGAGAAAAGUGUGGCAGAGCUAACGGGUUGGUAGCUGGUCUUCGCAACCUGGAUUGUUUCUCUGCAAUCGAAGCAGAACCAAUGUGACCCCACCCCCCAUGUGAAAAAGACAAAUCACCCCUUAACCCCUUAACUUCUCCUGCUUUUGCGCACCUCAGUUUCGCCUCCAGCGACCAAAAUUAGGCAAACUUGUCGUCUUUGCCGCUCUCGUAUCUGUCUGUUUUAAUAUAAGGCUACAGCCAGUAGCUGCUUAGCUUAGCUUAGCUUAUAGCGACUGGAAAAGGG